CAAAACAAGUGGAUUUUCCUUCAUAAAUCCCUUGGUUCGAGUCUGCUGUACCACCCUCCUCCGACCAGUUGUCUCCGCCCUCCGCUUCGCUCCGAGAUCCUUCCUUCCUCGCGACACCAUGGAUCGCAAGAACACCUCUCCACAAGGCGAAACGGCUCGUGUCCUGACGGAGUUCUUGGAGGUCGCCGUUAACUGCAUCGUCUUCCUCAAAGGCUUCUAUCCUCCCGCGGCGUUUGAGAGAAGAAGAUACAUGAACGUGGUGGUGCAGAAAGCGAGGCAUCCGCAGCUCGCCGACUACAUCCACUCCGCCACCUCCAAUCUCCUCCCAUUUGUGCAAAAGGUUUUUAUCCUUCAAAAAACGGGGUUGGUGGAGCGAGUGAAUGUUACCUUCUAUGACAAAGAGCACAUCCCGCUCGAGAAGUUUGUGUUCAAGAUAGAUGUUAACCAAUCUUACAACUCCAAGGUGGAAGAGAGUGAUAUCGGAUUUGCUCUGAGAGCUUUCCUCAUCAAACUGACAGUCGCUAAGCCAGCAACCAAACCCCUUCCACCCAGUAGCGGCUGGGAGAUCACUGCUUAUUUUCGAGCCCUUCCUCAAGGCAGCAGCAAGGAAAAGGAAGCUCAGCUGUGGAUCCCAACUGACACGAAGCAGUGGCUGCAACCGCCGGAUAUAACGCCCAUUAAAUCUAUGAGCAGCCAACCAUUGAAAGUGCAGCUCUAUUUGGAGCAUCCUAAUCCUUGUGAACCUAAGAAACUAGAAGAGUAGAAGAUGAUACAACUUGGAUCUUAUUAUAUGGGAAUUGCUCCAUCUCGGGUUUGACAAUACGAGAUGUGGAUUAUGUUAGUGUGGGGGAUAUGUCUGUGUAGCCUUUUUUUAAUCCACUUGUAGUUUUCUUAACUAAAGAAAUGGCUGUUUAGUAGCAAUUUUCUCCUGAAAAGAGUAAAGCCUCUGAGGUGUUUGAUUUUA